UUGUAGUUUAAAUCUGUUUGUCAUCAAGACGACUUUGAUUAAUUCGAUCUGAAAGAAGAACCAGGUUAUGAUUUACGUAAACUUUUCGGCGGUGUAAUUUUGAGCUUAUAAUCGAAAUAUAAGUGUAAACUAAACAUCGAAGUUAAGUUUCUGUUUAUUAAGUGCUGCUGAAGACAUGACAUCUACAAAACAGUUCUUGUUUUAUCUUUACGGGAUGUGUAAAAUUGGUUUGUGCUUUGGUGAAUACUUUACGCUUGUUCCCGCCAAUACAGACAAGAGAAGUUCGUCUACUCCUAUUCUCCAAGCCUCGGCUAAGACUGUCCUAUACUGUGCUGCUCUGUGCGAUUUGAUCCCGUCUUGCUACAGUUUCACAUUUUCUACGGCUACAUCAAAGGACAACUGUCGGUUGCUUUCGGCAUCGGCAACAUCUGCAGAUUUUACCAUAAGUGAUGCUGGAAAUAAACAUUUUAAAAGAUUAAUUGAUUGUACAAAAUGCUCCGUCAAUUAUACGACGUCAAUGGAUAGUUCUUAUGACUGUUUACUUCAUCAAGAGACAGCCGAUCCCGAUGGCUGGAAAAAGGGCAAUUCCAAUUUUGUAUUACACGGAAAUGACAAGGAGUUCGUUGCCACAUCAAGUGGAUGCAAUACCACCCCUAAGUUCCAGUGUUUGAUGUUUUACUGGUACUCCACGGGUCCGGCCACAUUUAAGGUGACAGCAGGCUCAGGAAUUUCCCAGACGACGUACUUCAGUCAGACCGUUCCUGAAGGCACCACUGUUAACUAUGAACUCAAGAAAAUAGAUAUUGAACCCUCACACAGUUCUUUGAUUCGUUUUGUUGGAUUCAAAACAAGAAGCUCGGCAAAUAAAGCUUACCCACUGGGAAUAUACUUAACUAAAAUGGUUGAUUGUCCUUGUUCCUGCAUCUGAGAGAAUCUUACAGAGUAGCCUAAAUAAAGAAAUAUUCAAAAUGUACAGUUAAAACGAUCUCCAGCCAGAAAGAAGGACUCUUGCAAUUAUUAUUUGGUGGAAAACGUCUUAAGGUUCAUUGAUACUCUGAUAAGAGAGAUAACUCUUAAUGACAUAAAUAUCUAUUAUUCCUUUAUAGAUUUGCCAAAUUGAAGUGUCUUUUUUUCC